UCUAAGGGCUGCAAUUUCCGUUUAACCCAAAACCCAACCUGAAAAUGAAACCCUAAAAACCCUAGAAUGAGAUAUCAGUUUAUGUGUUAGUCUAGAUUGGCGGCCUCCUGAUUUACCAUCCUCACCUAAACAGAGCUCCGGUACUCUCAUCUUCAGCAGCAGCCAUGGUGAACGUACCUAAGACGAAGAAGACGUACUGCAAGAGCAAGGAGUGCAGGAAGCACACCUUGCACAAGGUCACACAGUACAAAAAGGGUAAGGAUAGUUUGGCUGCUCAGGGGAAGCGCCGUUAUGAUCGAAAACAAUCAGGUUAUGGUGGCCAGACCAAGCCGGUGUUCCACAAGAAAGCCAAGACCACCAAGAAGAUUGUGCUGAGGCUGCAAUGCCAAGGUUGCAAGCAUGUCUCCCAGCACCCGAUCAAGAGGUGCAAGCACUUUGAAAUCGGUGGAGACAAGAAGGGAAAGGGAACAUCUCUUUUCUAAAUUCUGUUAUUCGUAUCAUUUCUGAUCAUAUGUUUUGUUGGGGACUUUAAAGACUUUGGAUGUAUAGUUUUAGAUUUCGUGGCAUUGUUUUUCAGAUGAA